AGUCCUCAACUCAUUUUCUUAGACAUCUAUUUCAUAUUAUCAAAAUGGAGGGAAAAUCAUCUCUACUUCAAAUCCAGCCCCCAACAUAUGGGAACCUAAUUACUGUCCUCAGUAUCGACGGAGGUGGCAUCAGAGGUCUCAUUCCUGCCACCAUUCUCGACUUUCUCGAAUCUCAACUUCAGGAGCUGGAUGGUGAAGAUGCGAGACUCGCUGAUUACUUCGAUGUCAUUUCGGGCACGAGCACUGGUGGUCUCGUGACAGCUAUGCUAACUGCACCUGAUGAAUACAAGCGUCCUCUGUUUGCUGCCAAAGAUAUCAAGCCUUUUUAUCUCCAACACGGCCCGAAAAUAUUUCCACCGAGCGGCUGGUUUGGUUCGAUCACUAGUUCAUUCAAACUAUUCUUGGGUCCUAAGUACGACGGAAAAUACCUUCACAAGGUUAUAAGAGAAAAGCUAGGCAAGAUUAAGCUGCACGAGACAUUAACCAACGUCGUGAUCCCAACUUUCGAUAUCAAACAUCUGCAGCCCACAAUCUUUUCUACAUUUGAGGCCAAGAAGUAUCCGUCUUUUGAUGCUCAGCUAUCUGAUAUAUGCAUUAGCACCUCUGCUGCUCCAACAUACCUUCCUGCACAUAAGUUCGAGACCUACUUUAGCGAUGGGAACGUUCGUGAAUUCAAUCUUAUAGACGGUGGUGUUGCAGCCAAUGACCCGACACUGGUUGCAAUGACUGAAGUGACAAAACAGAUAGCUGAGGGUAACCCGGACUACUUGUCGAUCAAGCCUGUGGACUAUGCUCGGUAUCUGAUAAUUUCAGUAGGCACAGGUUCUGCAAAAAAUGAAAAAAAAUAUGAUGCAGAAACUGCAUCCAAAUGGGGCGCCAAGGGAUGGUUGCUUUAUCAAGGCUCGAAUCCAUUAAUUGAUGUUUUUACGCAAGCAAGUGCAGAUAUGGCUGAUUACCAUCUUUCUGUAGUUACUCAAGCUAUUCAUUCUGAAAAUAACUAUCUCAGAAUUCAGGACGACACAUUAACAGGGACAGACUCAUCUACUGAUUUAUCAACCAAAGAGAACAUGGACAGGCUAGUCGUUAUCGGUGAGAAUCUGUUGAAGAAACGAGUUUCCAGAAUAAAUUUGCAUAACGGAGAUCACGAAGAAGUAGAUAAUGCUGGAACCAACGCAGAAGAAUUAAAAAGGUUUGCGAAAUUGCUGUCAGAAGAAAGGAGACUGAGAGAGCUGAAAUCUCUACAGACCAACAAAGGUUUAAAGUCCGAGGCUCGUGAUCUUACUAGCUAGUCCCCCUUCAAAUGGUUCAGGUUCAUGAAAUGAUGUGCCAUAACUCGACAACCUAGUAUUUAAGGAGUCAUUGAAGGAGUGUGUGUAUGCAGUUUCAUCAAGUCUUUUAGCAGUUCUCGAGUGUUUUUUUUUUUUCUCGCAGUUGCCUGGUUCUGGUUGUAUUCUCCGUUGUAAGAAUAAAAUGUUCGAGUUUCAUUA